AUGCCUUCCUUUCGAGUGCGCUUCGCGCCCCAGCGCGCCUACCACCCGGACCAGAAUGAGACAACCACAGCCGUACCGAACGAAACUGAGUCCAAGCCAAUUCAUACUCGCACCCGAUCGGGUUGUCGAGGCUGUCGCCAAAGGCGUGUCAAGUGCGAUGAGACCUUUCCGGUUUGCUUGCGAUGCCGUCGCCGAGGCUCCAUCUGUCAACCCGUCCUUCCGGCCUCUCAAUGGCAGCCGGAGGUCUGGUGUCCAGGUACAGCGGACCCUCUAUCGCAGCUUACCCAGCCAAUAAACUUCGAUGCGGAUGUGAACUUGCGCCUGCUUCAGUACUGGUUUGAGCGCAUGUCUCAAAUUAUGAGUCUUGACCGGGACCGAAAUCCGAUGUCCUUUCCCAUUGUCAAGUAUUUGUCUGCCUCGAGUUCACUCGUCUAUAUCAUCCAGUGCGUGAGUGCCGCUCAUGAACAGCACUUCCAGCCCUCCCAUAUGACUGCGAGUCUAGAGGAGCGGAGCAAGGCUUUACGGAAUCUUCGCCAGGAACUGCAGUCCCAAAGCUUAAGCUCGCCUCUCUGUUUCCUUGUUAUCCUCAUGCUGGGUAUGUCGUCCUCCUGGAUCACUACUCAGCCCACAGACUAUGGGCGGGAGCAUUUACUAGCCGCCCAGGCUUCUGUCGAAAUGACCUUAGAGCAGCAGGACAGAGUGGACGAUGAUUUGGUGCAUCUCGCAAUGGGUUUCUAUGUUUAUUGGGAUAUGGCCUGUUCCUUUUGCCUGGACAUAGCAGAUCACCCCCAGAUAUCUCGAAGUCGGCUGGCUGCAUAUGUUACAACCGCACGCUCGCGCUUCCACACCAUCACAUCUCACUCCAUUGAUCUCUACUUUUUACUCGGGCAACUCGGCCGAUAUUGUCGUUCAAUUGCCGACGGUAUGCCACGAGACCUCGUACGCGAGACGACGUUCGAGGCUGAACUGAACUCCUACACUUCGGCGGAAGAGAACCCAUUUGCAUACCUGCUCGCCGAGGCCUUCCGCAACCACGGCCUUCUCAUGCUUUAUCGUCUAUGUGGCCGGACAGUUCACUUCGCAUUGGAGGUGGAAACGGACAGCGAGGAAGGGGCUAGCAAAUGUCCGAUCCGAGCGCUGGCGUUACGGACUCUGGAAAUGUUGUUUAUAACACCGAUUAACUCGCCAUAUGUAAACUUGCACACACUCCCAUUGCUGAGUGCUGCAGCCGAACUAGAAUCAACCGAUACUGAGCUGCGUGAGCGGGUGAUAGAGCAGCUUCAGGUUGUCUACUCCACGAACCGCAUUCCACCGACACUGUGGGUAAUCGAACUGCUCCAAGAGCUAUGGAAUUUACAUGACUCUGGGAUUGAAAUUACCUGGCUAGACCUCAUGCUGGUCAAGCAGUGGCGCCUGCGAAUUGGCUAG